AUGAGCAGCGACGACACAAGGGACAGUAGUCCCAGUGACAGUAAAAGCAAAUCUGAGUCGUCGUCUAACUCUGCCGCGUCUUACGCUUCCUCAGAAAGUUCGGAGAAAUGCCGCACCCUGACGAUAAACAGUCCAGCAGCCGGAGAUCCGCUCAUAUUCCAGUUCAAACCACCCAAUGCGGAAUUUGUGGACAUAUUAAAGUCGGUUCAAUUAUGUUGAAUAUAUGUAUUUAUGUUUAGAUUGUCAAUUGAUGAGUUUGAAGGUCUCAAACAAGUCGUGACAAUGUGCGUUGGUAGUUUGGACAAUCUUUACACAGCUGAGUAAGUACUAAUCGCGCCAUAAAGUACUGACACAUUUGUCGCGGGUGCCGCGCGAUAAAAUUGGAGGUCGCGCGAAAAUGCAUUUCGUAAGUGCAAAAACGGGGAAUUGCGGCGACGGGUGCGAGGAAAGAAAAAAACGCAAAUGUGUCGGAACUUUAUGGCGCGACUAGUAUUGGUGUAAUUUAAUUAUUGUGCCUUUUAGUUACGAAGCUCUGGACGACGUUUGUUCAAGAUUUAAUCGAGCCGCGUCUACUAUUAGUAAUUUAUGGAAAGGAGCCACAAAACCCGGAUCAAAUUCGGAGUUUGCCUCUACAAAACUUUUGAGCAGGAUUUUGACUCAUUCUUAUAACAAAGCAGUCGAUAAUGAGAAGGCCUUGAAUAAGCAUUACGAAGCGUUUUCAUCAGAAACUUAUGGCGAGACGUCUUUCAACAGGAUGCAAAUGAUUAUUGACGAACUGAAGCCCACAAAUCAAGAUGUUUUUGUGGACUUGGGCAGUGGUGUGGGCCAACUAGUGGCUCAUAUGGCUGGGGGAUCUAGAGUUAAGAAAGCAUUUGGAAUUGAAAUCGCGCAGUUACCAGCGAAAUUUGCUGCAAGAUUGGAGGAAGAAUUCAGAAAGUAAGUAGGAAUCUUCAAAUUUGAGAUGUUUAUAGAUUGAUGAAGUUUUUCGGCAAAAAAGUGCGGCCCUUCAGUUUGGAAAGAGGAAAUUUCUUGGAUGAAAAUUACCGGGAACUGAUCACUCAGGAUGCAACCAUCAUUUUUAUCAACAAUUAUGCGUUUCAGUCUGACUUAGAAGCAAAAAUUAAGCAAAAUCUAUUGAGUGAGUUAAAGAAUGGAACCAAGAUUAUUUCGACGAAGCCUUAUGGAGCGUUGAACAAGAACAUUACCGAACGUCAGUUAAAUGGUAGGGUUGGUUCUCCCGCAUCAUCGUCUAAAUCUUUUACAGAUAUUUCAUCAAUAUUGGAUGUCGUUGAAUUAAAACGGUGCCCCAAUCCUUGUUCAUGGACUUCCAACGAUGUUCCUUACUAUCUUCAUGUUGUAAAUCAUGAAAAAGUAGGGCUUCUCAUCUUUUAUAUAUGCGUUAUUUCAGCUGGAAAAGUAUUUUCUCGGUCUAAGGAACAGUAGUUUGAAGUCUGACCUUCGCCGGUCCGCUACUCCUUCAUCAAAAAAUUCGGAUUCUAGAGAGUCUAGUGUUCCACGAAGAAUUUUGAAGAAGAAAAUUAAGGAUGGUGAUAUGUAAGUUAGCCGAAGUGAAGUUAUAUCUUGUUUAACGCAUUAUUUUUAUGAAGUCUCUUACUUUAGUUACGGUCCUACAACCAGAAGAAAGUGGCAGGCGUAUGUCUCUGAAGGAGCUCCGAAUGAAAAAGAUGAAUCUCCCCACAAGAAUGGAGACACUCCGAGCGAUGAGAAGAUCUCCAAUUCUAACGAUUCGGACAGCGAUUUUGAGGAGAAAAAGAAGAAAAGAACUGCUUCCGGAAAGCCCAAAGGAAGGCCCAGAAAAUUGAAUGAAAAGAAAGAACAUAACCCAUUCUCGAAUGAUGCUGAAGAGGGCAUGGAGUUGAUGCAUCGAAUGAUCUGCGAGGCCGCUGGAGGGCGAAGAUCACAGGCCGGCCACAACGCGAAUGAUGCAAAAGCAUCAAAGAAAUUCAAGAUUGCUAAGAAAAUGGAGACUGGCAAAUUGAGGCCUGAAAUUACACUUCCUUUCCCCACGGUUAACAAUCCAUCGAAAAAAUCUUCGAAAAUUUCAAACACCGGAGAAUACAAAUAUCCGAAUCUUGAAGUAUUUUUGUGUAAGUAAGGUUCUGCUUUGUUGUUUUUGUGCGCUUGAUUAUGAUUUAAUAUUUUUUAGCCGAGCUCCGAAGAGUUUACGAAAGCUUUCUUGACAACGUGAAACCGAAUGAUUUAAACUCAAACAAAGUAAGUUGCAUUCGUUCGAAUUUAAUUUUUUAGACUUUAACUGUUCCAAAGGUAUCGAACAAUAAACUUGGUCAUUACCUUGUUGAUAUUACCCACAGAAUGGAUAAGAUCAGAGCGAAGUAUAUAGAGCUGGGAACGGAGGUGGAUUCUUUACGGGACGAUGUGAUUACUCUGGUUUCAAAAUUUUCGAAUGCUGAUAUGCCCAAUUCGGUAUCAUCAACGUUAAACGGGGAGUUGCGUUCAACUCCCUCUACCAGCGGAUCUCAAGUGGGAAAACUCGCUAACACGUAUGUGCCUCAGGGCUUUAAUUCUUUUUGAUUUUUAGGUCUGUUAGUUCUGAUGGGGAGAGAGUUAGCAACUGCUCGGUUAAGCUUGGAACCAACAUAAACGGUCAGAUAAGUUUAUCAUCGGCAAGCAAUGAAGUUGGUCUAAUAAACACCUUGACUUCUCUAAUCCAUCCAACUUUGGGAGAUACCCCUCCAAUCGAUCUCAAUGUUUUAAACCAUAUUUCGUCGGCUUCUCCUGCGGAAUUGAGCCAAAUGGUGACCGACAUAAGCCAAAGAAAUCAGAUGAUCUACAGCCUUCUGGCGAAUACAAAUCCCCUCUCAUUUCCAUCUUCAAAUGUUCUUCUUGCGCUCAGGAAUGUGACUGGUGGUUCAGGCGUACCUCAAGGAUCUUUUGAUAAUUUUACCCAUUACUCAUCUAUUCCGGAUUCCCGAGAAUCUUUGCUGCCUCACGAUACCCAGAGUUAUGUUAAUCCAAAUGAUCCAAACAAAAGAGUAAGUUGUGUGAAUAUAUGCAUAAUUUGUCUGUUUAAAGGUGGAUCAAAGAGUCCUGACAAAACGUCCAACUGAUGGAGUCCAUGAUGAGGUUACCUCUCCUAAACGGUUUGGACAGAAUAGUGCAUAA